AUGCAUUCCGUCGAGGGAGCCGACUGGGUGCUGCUCAAAGCCCUAUUCUGGGAGUCGAACAAGUGCCUCAAGGUCAUGGACCUAUUCCGCUGCGUGCAGCCUGGCCUCUCUCAAAUUACAUCCGCCGAGCUCGACGAUGUCGUCAACCAGCUGUACCUGCUGCGCAGAACCAUGAUCGCCUUUGCCGACAUGUUCCCUCUGCACACUAAAGCUAUUGAAGCGCACCUCAAUCACCUUGAUAUGGCUCUGCCCUCCUUAUCCGUCGCCCUCGACGUCAUUCAACGCAAUUGUGACCCUCGUUACCCCUUUGACGAUGCCAUCUGGGACCGCCUCCUCUACAUCAGUGCUGGCCGUGACAACCCUGGCUUAGAACUCGUUGACCGCCUCAAGCUCUUCACCCAGUUCUUCGACGUUUUAUACUCCGCCUUGGUACAAGAUCCUACAUUCACAUGGAGAAAGGCAGAAGGUAUUCGAGUUCAGAUAAUGGACUUGAGAGAACAUGAGGGCAUGAGGGUCCCUUCAGUCCUCAAGACCGUAUUCGUUUCUUUCAGCACCUUGCCCGCCGCAAGAACCAGACGACAGCCUCCUUCUCCUCCACACUGGGCCAUUGAGACUGUGGACCUUAACCCGAAAAUUGCAAGCCCUUUUGAGUCGCACGGCGAGUCAAAAUCAUUUGGUCCGUAUGGUCGAUGGAAUCAGUUCAAAAUUCCAGACAACUCGAAAUUGCUAUUCCGAAGGAGUUUCAACAAUGAUGCCAUCGCCCUCAUAGUCUUUAUCAACUGUCAUGACAACAUGCCAUACCUUAUGCUGCGAAGCACGAUUGAAAUAACUCCGUACUACGAUUGCCGACCGCUCAGCGCAAUCAGCAUCACGCGAUGCAAGACGGCGUUGCAUCUGACCAGAUGGAGUAAUCGGAAAUAUUGCUGGACUCUCUGGGCUGUGCUUCAGUUCAGGUACUUUGAAGAGCUCGUCGUCAUUCACUGCACUCUGCUUGCUCUGAAAGCUCAGAGUAGUCUUCUGACCAACGUUCUGAGCCCUGAUGAAAAUGUCGUUCGAGAUGAGGUGAAGAUAUGGGAAAGAGACAUCAAAGACUGCGGCGUCGGGCACAAGCUGGCCAUUUACCGAGAUGAGAUGACUCGCACGAAGCGCCUUUAUUCCUACGUUGCUUGCGGCCAACGACUACCAGCCUAUAUGCCGGCGUGGACAAUAUUCUUCACCGACCGCGGCGCGAAACCAAGGAUGGAGUGCGUCGACGACUACACCGUCAUCGUCCACAACGCGGUUCUUUACAAGUUUGCCGAUCGCUACACCACGUCCCGACACAAGCCACGGCACUUUGAAAUCCAGUUCAGGCAUCCUCGAGGUAAGACAUAUAUUGGAGAGCGCGGCCUUUGUGUGCGUUGCUUGGAGAGACGUGGUCGUGCUGACUACUACGCAGAGAAUCGCGUGAUGAAGCGCAUUUUGGAGGACUUGUAUAGGCAAACACACAAAAAUCCUCGGUAA